UCUCACUCUCAUUCAAUACGUGCUCGUCCAUAGCCACACAAUACAUUUCUGCGUGCGCGCUCCCAUCAUCAGCCACCAUACCCCCCUCUGCUGUAUUUUCAGACCGGAGCUACUGAAGCUCGAUGCUCAUUACCACCGAGUCGCUCCGCUUUGGACACCCACCCUUCUCCACCGCACCGCCGCCUCAGCUGGCGGAGAAUUUCCGUCUGGGUACAGGAAGAUGGUGGGAGUGACGGGAGCUGCCUUGUCUUCCCCUGGAUAAAUCGGGAAAACACAUAAAAACGUGUUUUUAAUAGCCUACUUAGGCUACCCGGACCCGGGCAAUAGGGAGGUAACCUUAACCGUCACCGAACCUUUCGAACGGAAGAGGACGCGAACGCAACAAGGAGUGGACUCUCUCGGGCUAUGCUUCUUCUGGGCACAUGCAUGCAGGCAGCAUAAUCUCGAGCUAUCCAGACUUGAGGAAUUUAUGGAACAGACAGCCAGCACAUUUCGCGAACUAUGUCUUAUUCGUUGGUAAUUGAAUAAAGGGAAGCAGGAUCAAGGAUAUAUUGUUUCUUCCUCAUGGGAAUUCGGUAUUCCUUUGGGGAAAGCAAAGAGGAGGAAAUUCACAGAAUCUCUCCAUGCACUCCAUAGUUAUUCUCUACUCCACGCGUUUACAGUCCUGGCUACUUAUGUAGCCUAUGACGAAGGAACCACGGCCUGGGAAAAAGUUUCUAGGCUUUGGAUACAGAAGGGAGCACAGUAGUGACGUUUCUGGAUACGUUUUUGCUUCAAUUUUAAACUGCAGUUUUUGUUUUUAAAAGCCUGUCCUGUUCUUUGGAUAGGCCUAUCCUAUGGAAAAUGUGAAUAUUCGAUAGGAAUAUUUAGUAGACAUAACUUAACAGUUUUGUAUUUCAGUCUAUAUAUUUAAUAGACUAUUCAUACAAGGGUGGGUGUUUCUCAUAGCUUUCUGUUUUGCCAACUCUUACCAACAAGUUUGUUCAAGACUCCAGCCUAGUAAAAGGAGUUGGCUUAUAUCAGCUCAGCUGUCAUAUUUUGGGUACUUAUCUCUCGAUUUAAAAUCGCUUUUCAAGGUCUCAUAAUUACUGUAUCUGUACAGUCCCCGUCGUCUUGGAAGUGGGGAUAUUACCGAUGUAGAGAUCCGUAGAGGGAGGUCAGGAAAGGACGGGGCUGGAGCUUGGGAAUAGGCCCGGCUGUGGAAGAACUACAGACUGGGUAUGGGGGGACAGCUAGACCGCUAAACGGACGCUGCCUGCCUGGCUGCUGGUUUUGGGUGGUCGUGAACCAACCGACCCACCCACCUACCCGACCGGUCAGCCAAAGCCUAACUCUUCAGCUUGGCUAGUAUAACACGAAAGUAUUCACCCACACUAGGGCUUUGAAAUAGUCCGAAAGGGAAAGGAGGACAUGCUAUACGAGUUUAUGCUUUGAAUGUUAGCCUAUUAUUUUCAACUGUUGACUCAUAUAACUAAAACGGAAAGAGGAUAACGCUUGUUUUUUUUUCAAGGGAAAGGAACUUUAAAGUGACUUGUUUUGGAGCGGGUGCUCCGAUAAGAUAAGAAGGGACCGAAGCUGUAACUUUGUCGCAAUGUUCUAGCCAUGUGUAGCUUGUUAUUGGAAUGAGUGGGACAACAAUCUACUGUGUAUAGCCUACAACUCCUAAACAAGACACACACAAUAUGGGUCGUUUUGGACUUGGAAACAUUGUAUAAAUAAUGUUCUCUUUUCGGAUUGUGUGUGUAUUAAAAUGUAAUAAUAACAUGGGGACAUUAUUUUGAUCAUCAGUGAAGAAGACACGUGAGGACUUCUUGAGAGCGAGGCUCGAGCUGUCACUGGCGGCUGUCAAAACACUGCGCGUGGUGUGGAAUAAAAAGUGAAUAUUUGAACAACUGAUCCCAGAUUGGCUUUUUAAACCUGAUAAAAAUCGUAAUGUGAUAAACAACGUAAUAUCGGGGAAGGAUGUAUAAAGAAGGGGAGAGGAAAGACGAAAGGACUUUCAAUUAUUUCAACUGCCAGAUGAGAGCGAGCAGAGCAGCACACGAGUACAAAGUGGACAGCGAGGGCUUCCAAAGGCAAGGGACGAAUUAAUGGAAUGUGAGUGCUGACGUAAUACAGAGGUCGGGAUAAUGAACUACUCAAGAGCCUGGAACGGUCCUUUUUAUAUGAGUGAGUAGGCCUAGUUGGCUACAUUCGUGCGUAGCCUAGUAGAAAUACGUAUUUUCUGUACACACGAUAUAUCAAGUCGUGAUUACAACCAUCACCUUUCUUGCCUCUCUUUUUUGCUCACUCUCCUGUCUAGUCUUCCUCUGCCAGAUGUUUCACUUAGUACUGUUACCUCAUUGCCCGCGCACCGUCCGCCAUCAUUGAUCAGAUAUUAGUAUUUCCCCCUUCACGUCACUCCAGCCAUCAUAAUGGCCUUGCAGCCGCUGCAACACCGGCAGCAGCAGCUUCUCCCACAUGCCACGGAGGUUAGCUGCGCCUCAAGCAGUGACGGCGCCGUGACUGUGCGGAUUAUAGACAACACUAAGCACACACAGCUCGCGCCGUCGCCACAGCAUCGACAAUAUCAUGACUCUCCCCCAACCCCAACGACAAGGGACAGCAAUACCAGAGGAGGAGGGAGUGGAGUAGGUGGGUCUACCACUACCGCCAAAGGAGAUCCCUCCAAACCCUGCACCAAAUACAGCAUCUCCUCCAGCUGUAGUUCAGGGGAGUCGGGAGUUCGGAGGGCUGUUAUGAAUAAGUUACACAGCCAGCAGAAGACUCUGCCCCAGUUGUUUGAGAGGUCCGCUGCCCAGUGGUGGGACCCCAAGUUUGAUUCGCCGAUACUCGAAGAGGCGUGCCGCGAGAGGUGCUUCCCGCAGACUCAACGACGCUUCCGCUAUGUUCUGUCAUACAUGGCCUCUGCCUCGCUCCUUUGGGGCGUGUAUUUCGGGGUCAACCACGACCGCUGUGACCCGGCGACCUUCCUCGCCCCGACCGCCUCCUUCCUCCUUUUCCUGCUCAUCCUCUUCCUCUUUACCUUGACAAGGCCCUAUGCUCACCUGUACAACCAGGCUUCGCUGCUCCUCAUUGUGACCACAUUCGCCAUCACUCUGGCUCCUCAGAUCCAGACAGGAGGCUUUGUCUACCUGGAGAGAACCAGGGAUGGCAACCGGACAUUCCCUCGCACCCCAGGCGGAGUGGGCACUACUCGGGCUCCCUGCAUCUCCCCAGUGGGCACCUUCUCUCUGUGUAUGGAGGUCCUGCUACUACUCUACAGUGUUCUCCAUGUGAGGCUAUAUGCUUCAGUUUUACUGGGGCUCCUGUAUUCAGUACUAUUUGAAGCCUUAGAGUGGCUGCCCCUGCUCCAGGGGAGAGAUGGCAGUGGAGGAAAUUAUGGGGGGAAUAGGUGGGGCGAGGCUGGGGUUGGAGAUGCAGAAGGGUCCCUAGGUUCUGGAUCUAGUCCUGGAGGUCUUGGGUCUUCUAGCUUGGAAUGGGACACCCUCCGCUGGCUGUGCCCGGCUAAGGCCCUCCUCCACCUGUGUGCCCAUGCCAUCGGCAUCCACCUCUUCAUCAUGUCCGAGGUGCGAUCCCGCUCCACCUUCCUCAAGGUGGGCCAGGCCAUCAUGCACGGCAAGGACCUGGAGGUGGAGAAAGCGUUGAAGGAACGCAUGAUCCACUCUGUCAUGCCGAGGAGGGUCGCCGAUGAACUGAUGAAGCAGGGGGACGAGGAGAUGGAGGGGAACGCAGGGAAGAGAUACUCUGCCGGGGCUUGUUCGGCUGUGUCCACGGUCGGAGGUCCUGGGGGGGCUUCUUCGAUCGCGGCGAGCCCUAAGAACCAUCCCCAUCAUCAUAGUCAUCUUAAGAGGAAGAAGACUUCGAUCCCCAGAGGCCAGAUCAUCUUCAGGCCAUUCAACAUGAAGCGGAUGGAGCCUGUUUCUAUCCUCUUUGCGGAUAUCGUCGGCUUCACCAAAAUGUCUGCCAACAAGUCCGCCCACGCCUUGGUGGGGCUCCUCAAUGACCUCUUCGGCCGUUUCGACCGGCUGUGUGAGCUGACGCGCUGUGAGAAGAUCAGUACACUGGGAGACUGUUACUACUGCGUGGCGGGAUGUCCCGAGCCACGCCCUGACCAUGCGUACUGCUGUGUCGAGAUGGGACUAGGUAUGAUCGUGGCCAUUGAGCAGUUCUGCCAGGAGACGUGUGAGACGGUGGACAUGAGGGUGGGGGUCCACACCGGCACGGUCCUCUGUGGGAUCCUGGGGAUGAAGCGGUUCAAGUUCGACGUGUGGUCCAACGACGUCAACCUGGCCAACCUCAUGGAACAAUUGGGCGUCGCCGGGAAGGUUCACCUAUCAGAGGCCACCGCCGGGUUUCUGGAUGAUCGGUACCAGCAGGAGGACGGGCGGGUGUUGGAGAGGGCGACGCAGGGCCUGAUGGAGAAACUGAAGGGUAGGUUUUAUUGGAUUUUGUUCUGUGUCCCCCUUUUCAUACUGAUGUCAGGCAGGAUGCAGAAACACCGGCCAUCGCCAUCUGCGCCCAUUCCACAUGAUGGAGAUAUUUCCAUAGUUAUUACUUCCAAUGUUGUUUUGAAUAGUGUUUGAACGUUUCGCUAAGAU